AUGCCUUCAUUGACUGCUCUUGCGAGCUUGCUUGCUCUUGUUCCUUCUGCCCUGGCUGGUUGGAACGUGAACUCGAAGCAAAAUAUUGCCGUAUACUGGGGCCAGAACUCUGCCAACCAGCAAAGCACCCAGCAGCGUCUCUCCUUCUACUGCAAUGACGCCAACAUCAACGUCAUUGACAUUGCUUUCCUAAACGGAAUUACUCCUCCCAUGACCAACUUCGCCAAUGCCGGUGACCGAUGCACGCCCUUUUCCGACAACCCUUUUCUCUUGAGCUGCCCUGAAAUCGAGGCGGACAUCAAGACUUGCCAGGCCAACGGCAAGACCAUCAUCCUCUCUCUCGGCGGCGAUUCCUACACUCAAGGCGGCUGGGGCUCAACAGGCGCUGCUCAAUCGGCCGCUGAUCAAGUCUGGGCCAUGUUCGGCCCCGUCCAAUCCGGAAGCUCUGUCCACCGUCCCUUUGGCAGUGCCGUCGUCGAUGGCUUCGACUUCGACUUUGAAGCAACCACCAACAACCUCGCUGCCUUUGGCGCCCAGCUCAAGAGCCGAACCAACGCUGCCGGCGGCAAGAAGUACUACUUCUCUGCUGCUCCCCAGUGCUUCUUCCCCGACGCUGCUGUCGGCGCCCUCAUCAACGCCGUGCCCAUGGACUGGAUCCAGAUUCAGUUCUACAACAACCCCUGCGGCGUCAGCGGCUUCACUCCCGGCACCACCACCCAGAACAACUACAACUACCAGACCUGGGAGAACUGGGCCAAGACCAGCCCCAACCCCAGUGUCAAGCUUCUCGUCGGCAUUCCCGCUGGCCCAGGUGCUGGUCGAGGCUACGUCUCUGGCUCUCAACUUACGUCGGUCUUCCAGUACUCGAAGGGAUUCAGCACCUUUGCCGGCGCCAUGAUGUGGGACAUGUCCCAGCUUUUCCAGAACACUGGUUUUGAAGCGCAGGUCGUCAAUGCUUUGAGAUGA